ACCAGUCGUCCUCACGCAAACCCAGCAGAGGUCGUCUUCCUCUCGCGCAUCAGUCCUUCCACUAACGCGCCUCAUCACCAGUUCGCCUGCACACGCUGCCUUGGAGACGCGAUAUUUUUUUCCCCGAUCAGAAGCAGCCGGUUUUCCGUCGCAGCCUCGCUGAUACAACAGCGGGAUUUUGGGCUCGACGCUGCCGGGUUCCUGCGCUGAACAUGCGCUUGACGAAGCGCGACAGACAACCCGCUCCCGUAACGCGCGCGUGAUUGAUGUGGCGGUCACGGAUGCUUCUGAAUGCGCUUCGCAGACGCAUCGCCUUUAAAGUUUCAAUGCUGACAUAGAGGAGAAAAACAGUGGAGAGAAGACCUCAGUUUAAGGGACUGGAAAGGAUAGAUCAAAUGUCUUUUUCGGGACCUUUCGGCCUAUUGCUGAAAUUAUCUCUAGCCAGAUGGCCCCAAGAAAUGCGCGUAACAAUUUCUACAUUUUGGGCUCCGGUAGCGGGAAUGGCAACGCUGGAACCCAAGGCAUGUCGGAACGGAUAGGCUUGUCCUUGUGCCGAAAAUGUGUCGACUUGGACGGAGUGUGGACCAAGUGUCUGAUAUCUGUUGGAAUUACAUUGCUUCUGGUGCCGUCCAUAUUUGCCAUAGACGAUGAAGCAAGACUCGAGGCAUCAGGACAACCCCUCAGUCCUUCCCAGGACCCAACCGGAGCCCCAAACAUCACAGUUUCUUCGACGCUGCUGGAGGACGAAGACUUGGCCUCGCAGUUCCACUCCCCACCAGCGAGGGCAGAAAGCACAAGGGAGCAGCCUGUGUUCGCCUCGGUGCAGACCCUGCAGGUUGCAGAGACACAGCCUCAGGCGCUGGUGCAUUCUCUGCCCUCCCCACCCGGCAACAGUGACAAUCGCACCAAUCAAAAGUCCCCUUGGGAGCUGGCCGUCAGAGUGCCAAAUCCGCCACAUAAAAUCAACAGUGUCUUGACCACUAGCUCAGACGAGACUCUUAGUGAAUUCCCCAGGAACCCUGAUCUUCCCACCGCCCCGGGAUCCUCUUUCAUGAUUGUGGCAGAGACGGAUGCCGCGCUCACUGACAAUGUGACAACUUCGGUCUCAAUUAUCGCAUUUAACGGCACCUCUCCCGAAAGAGCCGAAAACGCUUCAUCCGGCGCCCCGGCGCGCAGCAACUCCCACACUGUGACCAGCGACAGUCUGCAGCUCACCACAGUGACCACCACGACUGUCACGCCCUUAACUGUGACAUCAACGACUGUGACUCCGCCCACUGCCGUCGUUGUGGCGAAAGAGGUCGCGACCUCCGUGCCGACCACCACGGCCGCCCAGACCACAGCAACCGAGACGGAAGCACCGACGACAACCACCACUACCACUACGACUACAACCAACACCACCACCACCACCACAAAAGUAGCGCCGACGACCACAAAAACACCCACGACCACUUUAGCAACCACGACAACCACAACCCCUCGUCAAACCACCGCUGUAUCUACCUCUGGAAGUACCACGAUUAAACCGAGCAGCCCUCCUACUGACAGUACACCUUUGACCUGUAAUGUGACCGAAAGAUUAUGGGUGAAAAUGGUGUUGUCCAUCCAGAUGCGACGAAAUCGCCUAGAAGCUGGAAUGAGACAGGACCUGUCUAAAGGUAUCGCGCAGGCGCUGCAGAAAGCGUUCAACGACAGCAGCGUCCGCGUUCAGUUGGAAAGAGAUAUCUGCACACCUUCUAAUGUGACUGUAGGCUACUACGUCUUGAGAGGGAAGUCUGUGUUGGUGGCCUCUGUUGUGAUGGACACGUUAGUUUCCUAUGGCUUUGACAAGCUACUGAAUGACAUUCGAGAUUAUGUUCCUGUGGUGUUGGCCAUCCCCAGUCCUGUGACCCCAUGGUUGCCCAGCCUAGGCAUCCACCUGCAACUCAAAACAGUUCUGAGGUUUGUUGGGCCAAUGGACAACAUCAAGUCUUGCGGCUUCAUCCAAAUGAUGGAGCAACGCUUGGAAAAUGUGUUUGCUGAGGCACAGGAGAAAGUAGAGGACUCUUAUGGGACUCUUUCUGUUGAGAUUCUGAACACGUAUCAAACUGGGAAUUCGCUGGCAGUCACUCUGGUGUAUGUGGUGUGGAACGGUAGCACUCCGUUGAACGGUACUGUGUCCAGCGGUCUCCUUAACCAGCUCACCGCCGAGCUGGUGGGCUACUUUCUCUUCUUCCCCCCUCUGAUCAUCGCUGAGCCUCUAGAGUACCACAACCUUAACACUUCAGUAGCAACCCGAGAUUACUGGGUAAUCACAGUAAUUCAGGACGUUGACAGCUCUUCUCUUGAGGGGAGUUAUCAGAGCUUUGCUAGUCUAAUGGAGCAGCGGCUGGCCGAGCUUUUUCUGCUUGCCAGUCGACGCGGUCUCCGCUUCAGGAGAGCCACGACUGUAGGCGAUUACACCGUCCAGAUGGUCAGCAUCCGGCGACUGUCUGGUCCUAAGAACCCAGCUGAAAUGACCUACUACAUACAAGUAGAUGGUUCUCCCAUAACUGGCACUGCUGCAGCUAAGACCCUCAACACGGUGGACUCUCAGACCAUGGCUCUCACGCUGGGCUACUUCGUCCAAACUCAAGCGGAGCCGGUGGUGAAGAGUCUGCCUAGUAACCUCUGGAUACUGGCGGUCCUGAUUCCCGUAUCGCUGGUGAUGGUUGUGGUGGUUAUGGCGGUCGCUAUCAUAUGCAGGAGAAACCGAACCGUGUUUAAGACCAGCGCAUUUCGCAAUUUUCAUCCCCGCACCAAGACCUCAUAUCGGAGAGAUGGGAGUUAUCACCACCAGCCCGUGCAGGGAUUCGACUACGCCAAGCAGCACAUGGGCCGGCCAGGUGAGGAGGCUCUCACUGUCACCAAGGAAACACUUGUCCUGUCCCUCCCGGUCCGAGACGCCCCUCUUACACAAGACAGGGUGGCAGCGUUACAAGAUGGUACGGCCUCAAAAAGACCCCAGUCGACAGAGAUGCAUCUUAGCAGGUUGCCAAGCGAGGACGGCUCUGUUUCGAGCAACGAAUCUGGGAAACUGAACACGGGCAGAAGCUCCACAGCUCGGAGAUCCACGACACAGAAAGCGCCCAAAGAAGAGCAGCACACAAGAAACGACCAUUACGACUCUCUAACUGGCUCUCUACGCCUCAUCACCAUCAAGCCUAUGGCUGCCCCGCUCAACUAUUCCUAUCCUGACUCGUCCAAUCACAGCCAAGACUCUGUCAUCCUGAACGGAGAGGUCAACAUGGGGCUGAAGCAGAAGUCGGACAUCGAGCAUUACCGGAAUAAGCUGAGGUUAAAAGCUAAAAGGAAAGGUUACAGCGACGGGCCGGUCACUAGCGGCAGCGGCAGCGGCAGCGGUCACAUGUACGGCCACCGAGACCGGCUGAGGAGAGAGAACGCUUCCCUGGACCUGGAAGAUCUGAGGGGGCCGAAGGAGGACAGAAAACCCUCCACUUACGUAAAGUACCGCAGGAGUGACUCCCACAGGGAACCUGCAUACUGGAGCAGGCAGUCUCUGAACACCCCGAGCCCUGUAGAGACGGAGAUGGACAUGCUGGUCAUGAGGGAGAGAUCCAGGAGAGGCAUCCGAAACAGCGGCUACGACGGUGAGCCCGAGCCAUUUGAAGAGACGGAUGUGGACCGCCUUCUGAGCUCCUUGGGUUUUGGCGGCGGUCACCAGGUCAAAGGUCACUCCGACUCGUCCACCCUGAGCUCGCAACCCUCGAUCGAUGAAGUGAGGCAGCAGAUGCACCUCCUCUUGGACAACGCCUUUGGUCUGGCCUCUGCCGAGCCAACCCCGAGCAACCACCACCACCAUCACCACCACCCUCACAGUCCCUACAACCCCAGCCACGGCAGCCCUUACCUGGACGGAGUUACCAGCGCACCUGGGACUAUGAACCACCCCAGUGGAGCUCUACAGCGCGGCUCCUCCUUUGGGCCGGAUAUGCACCAGUGUAGCCUCCCCAAACCAGGGUUCAGGUUUACCCAGCUGCCUGAUAUGGGUUUGGGGUCCCCGCCACCCCUCAUCCCCCCGAGAGGCGGAGCUCCACCUGGAACUUCACUAAGAUGCUCCACGCCAGACAUGAGUCUGAAGCCUCGGGUCUCUGAGGCCUCAGAGAUGAGUCAGCACAAUGGCACCCCCUACCUGCCAAUCAACCGAGCUCCAUUCCCUGCUGUCACCGUCGACGAGUCUAUGACAAGCUACUCAGGAAACCCAAUGACAGCAGUAUAUGCCAUAUCUGCCAACCGGCCCGGCUACUCGGACUACUUCGUCCUGUCUCCACCAUCCUCCUACCGGAGCCCGUCUUGGAUGUCCUACCCUCCAGAGCCAGAGGACCUUCCACAUCAGUGGAAUGACACGGUAAAGAACCAGUGUCACCUGGAGACCAUCUGCUGAAUUGGAGUCCUUUCUGACGUUGAGCGGACACAGUAAUUUACCAGGGGUUUGAACCACCAAAAAGAAUCGUCGCCUACUCUGAAAUUUCGGAUUCAGCGGCCCCAACCGACCACAACGCUCGGCCGAACGGCCAACCAGACCCACAAGCCACAAACUCACCUGCCAGCCUAAGCGAGAUGCAGCACCCGUUAUUAAUCAACGUCUACAGUGAGGGUAAAUCACCACAACAAACAACAGGUUGCCUCACUGGCCAAAACUGUGUUUUCUUAAAGCUUUUUCAAACUAAAAAAGUAUUGUAUCUAAUGCAGGUGGUUUUAUGUGUGUUUUAAACACCCGAGUUACUAAUAACGAAAAACUAAAACGUGUUUGUUUUUUUUUUUCCGUCUUGGGCUUUCCUUGCUUCAUCGAUGCCUAUCUGUGUCUUUUGCUCUCGUUCAUGCAUUUUUUUAAAGAAACGGAUAUUGUUGCAGACGAUUCUUUUCGUGCGCUCCAUACAGCUCGCUUAAAAAAAACAAACAAACAAAAACAAAAACAAGCGACGAUGACGAUGAAUGAUGUAAAAGAAAUCAAACGUUCGGAGGGAUACGACAUCCUGUACUGUAUUUACUGUAGUCACAAUGCAAAAAAAUAAUAACAAUAUAAGCUUUUUUCUUUCUUUCAAUAAUGCCAUAGUUUAUGCUGUAAUAAAGUGUUUCACGAUGCACAACUGUUCAUGAAAGGCAUGAAACGUUUAGGUUUGACGUGGGAAGAUAGCCAUAAAGGUUUAUUGGAGGAAGAGAUUGAUAAAUGAUGAAUAGAAGAAGGGAUUCAUAUUUUUACUAGCCUUUUUGUAUCUACUGUAAGAGUAAUUAUAGCUACAUAUUUUAUUGCCUUAUAUAAGGUACCAAAACACAUAUAUAUAUAUAUAUAUAAAAUAAAUUAUGCAGCAUACACCAAAAUUGACUGGAAAUUUGAUUUAGAAUAUACUGAUCAUAUGAAAUCUAAUUAAUACUGUAGCAUAAUAUCUUAAUAAGACAUAAAUUCGUUAUAACUAAGCAAGUACGGUGUUACAGAAGUAACAUUGGCAUGUGUUCUUAUGAGAGUAAGUCUAAUGCAUGUAGUCUGGACAUAUGAUUCAUAAGGGCUUUGUAUGUCAAGUAAGUCCCAUAUUUUCUUUGGGCAGUUAUAGGAUGGAAAUCUAUUGUAAAAAGGUUCAUCACAGCAGAAGUAUCCCAUUAAAUAGAUGCUACCUGUCAGUGUACUUUACAAACCUUAUGGGUUUUUUGUUUUGUUUUUUUUUGGUUAAGGCCCGUUUGCAGAAUGAAUCAAAGCUACAUAAUAUGAUUUUGAAAAAGACAUAACGUGUUGUGUAAAUUAUGCUGUUUGAUUUGUGUUUAAAUAAACGUCGUCCUUUUCGUUUAAUUUCGGGCGGUGCAGGGGAUCUAUCAUCUAUCAUUUAAUUUGUUCCUUUUUAAAGCAUUUUCUUUUCGUAUUUUUAUAUCAAUUGAAUCACCCUUUUUUUGGCCAACAAUGGAGGACAUUCUGCUAAAAACUGUAAAAUAUUGUGCUUCAAAUGUAAAAAAAAAAAGAAAAAGAAAAAAAAAUGCCUCGUUGUGAACCUAUGUGAGAAAAUUGUGUAAUAUUCAUUAUGUGUACAUCAUCAUAACAAAUAAGAUGUUGACUUCUUUUCCUACUUAUACGACACUAAACAACUCCAUAUUUACCAGAUGUACUGUAUAUUUUCCUUCGUUACUGUAAAGAAUAAUUCGCUUUAAAUGUUCUACUUGUUAUUUUCUUUUCUUCCUGGUUAUUUUAUUCGGCAUAACAUGUAAAAUAACCAUCAUUAUAAUGGUUUAACGCUUUGAAGGACUCAUUUUUUUGUGGGUUACACACUGAAUCAAAUCUAAUAAAAACUAAGAAACAUUUGAUCAUUUAAAAAAAAUGAUAAAAAAUGGA